UAAAAACAGACCAUAAUGCGCAUAUCCAGCUCGGAGAAGGGCUGUAUAUAAUCCAUUCCGUAUAAAUCUAUUUGUCCAAUAACUAGAAAGCAACAGUCACCUGCUGCCCGUCUGUUUGUUUGUUCAUGCAAAUCAAUGUGUGUUUACCUUGUAACUCCGUUUAACACUCCACUCUGCCGGCCAGAUCCUCUAUUGUUCACUAACCGGGGUGAUGUGGGCGAUACUCUUAUCCUAAAGUUAAAUGGGUGCCGGAAAGCCCAUUAAAAAGGGGCGCACUUCUCUGUCAAUCAGUCUCGUCCCAAGGCGAGGAAAAGGCACAUUACCUGCAGUUCCUUAUCUAAAUAGAAAUAAGAACCGGUUUUAUCGCAAAGGGGAGGCCCUCUGCGUCAGAUAAGAGAGGAGAGGAGACCUGGUUGCAGUGUGACACACUAGUGUAACACACAGUGUAACUCACUGCAGCAGCAGCGCACAACAGAGGCCGCUCACUGCAGAGAUCGAUCCGAAGCAACAACAACAAAAAAAGUCAUUCACGCGCACUCGGAGUGAAUAGUUCGGAGAUUUCUACGCGUUUUGGGAAACAUUUCGUCACUAUUUUGGCUCUUUUAGAUGAGGCAGACUGUGUAGCAUGCCGGCAGUGGAUGCAACCUCAGGGAUUACUGAGCAGCCGAGACGGAAACUUUUAAAGCCGAAAGGGGUGCAUUUGUGCGUGACAUCUUCAUCUGGAGAUCACUGAAUCCUGCUUGUGUUUUUUACUCUCUGCGUUGUAACCGACUUUAAAGUGCACGGCAUAUUUAGUAAAUCCAGGUUUUUUGGGAUGAUUUCAGCCAUAUCCAGUCCGUGGCUGACGCAGCUGUCCCAUUUUUGCGAUGUUGCAGCCUUCACGACAAGCAGCCUGAGCAGCCUGAACACGGCGGGCGGCUACCACCUCUCUCCGUCCCCCGGGGACCCCUACAGCCAGCAUGAGUCGGCCCACUACGAGCCUUGCCCGGCGGCACAGCACACCUACAGCUACCCAGGCUCCAACCCGGGCCAGGCUCCGCAGAGCGACGGCGGCGGGACUCCCAACUGCUCCUCGUCCUCCGCCAACUCCACACCCAACGGGAAAACUCUGGUGAAGAAGAACCCCAAAGUGGCCAACAUUAACGUGCAGCUGGAGAUGAAAGCUUUAUGGGACGAAUUUAAUCAGUUGGGCACAGAGAUGAUCGUUACCAAGGCCGGCAGGAGAAUGUUUCCAACUUUCCAAGUGAAAAUCUUUGGGAUGGAUCCCAUGUCAGACUACAUGCUCCUGAUGGACUUCCUGCCUGUAGACGACAAACGUUACAGGUAUGCUUUCCACAGCUCCUCGUGGCUGGUCGCCGGUAAAGCUGACCCCGCCACGCCGGGCAGGGUCCACUACCACCCGGACUCUCCGGCUAAAGGCGCGCAGUGGAUGAAGCAGAUUGUCUCUUUUGAUAAACUCAAACUCACCAACAACCUGCUGGAUGACAACGGCCAUAUCAUUCUGAACUCCAUGCACCGCUACCAGCCCAGGUUUCACGUGGUUUAUGUGGACCCUCGCAAGGACAGCGAGAAAUAUGCCGAGGAGAAUUAUAAGACCUUUGUUUUUGAGGAAACCCGCUUCACAGCGGUCACAGCGUACCAGAACCACCGGAUCACACAGCUGAAGAUAGCCAGCAAUCCCUUCGCGAAGGGCUUCAGGGACUGUGAUCCAGAGGACUGGCCCAGGAAUCACAGGCCAGGCUCUCUGCCAAUAAUGAGUGCCUUUGCCAGAACAAGAAACCCAAUGUCAUCUCCCCCUCCGCAGAACGGCACAGAGAAAGACAGUAGACGGGAGUACGAGAGAGACCCCAGCGGCACGCCCAUACACGCAGACCCGGCUCACCAACUGAUGUCCCGGGUCCUCAGCCCCGCCUUGCCCGUCCCGGGAGGCCUUCACGGCGUCCAACUCACCAGUGGCCGACCUAGCCCUCCCCACGACCUUCGCUCGGACCCCCACGGUCUACCGCCGGACACCCUGCACCACCACCCUUACAAGUACCCCACCACCUAUGAACACUACCUGGGAGCCAAGACCAGGCCGUCGCCCUAUCCUUUACCCAGUAUCAGAGGACACACGUACCACCACCACAUGAACCCAGCCACAGCUAACAUGUACUCAGCCACCAGUGGCCCCUCUAACUAUGACUACGGGCCCAGAUAAUGACUGCUGUCCACCAGGCCUAACGGCGCUAAGCACUGUGGGAAUGGAAAUAGGCAGGAAAGGCAACACAGUCAAUUAAUGGCUUACGCAACCUGCGGGGUGCAUUCACGGGCUGAAACUCUGCUGGAUAAACCCUGCGGUAUUUAUUUAAAGGAAAUGUUGCGUGAAGCACGGGCACCUGCUCUGAGUCCUUGAAGAGGUCUACCUUUGACCUUUGAACCCAAAUGGCAGUAGCUCCACGCCAGGGCACUUCUUACCCGAGCGGUGCAGACAUUGAGCCAGCAAACAGAGGAGACAGGAGGGACCUCUCCUUAACACGGACAACACCUUUGAUCACAGACUGGAAUUGAAUUCUUUUUUUUUGUGUUGGAUGCACUUUUUGAUUUGCCUUGUUUUUAUUGCUUUCAAAAAAGCCAUAUGUUAUAUAGUCCAUCAACCUCCUAGGUAGACGAGAUGUUUGCAUGUUGAGCUCAUCAGAGAGGGUGUUGAAACACACCCCAAUGUUUUUGUUUGAGGAAAAAAAAAAAUACAAGAUUUGAUUUUUGAAACAUCUUGAGCCGCUCUGAGAAGCUUGUACCAUGGCACUGACUUGCAGCAAUUCAAAGUAAAUAAAUGAAGCAGAAUGACUGUUCUGUAUCUGUAAAAUAAACAUUAAAUUCUUGUAAUUCAUAAAAAAAA